AUGGUGUCGAUAGCAAUAACGAUGAAAGGACAAGUGACAGACUUCAUUCAGAUGUUGAAUGAUAGAAUAAAUGAUCCAAUAGCACAGCGACGUCUGGUUCUUCUGAUCGUAAGCAUGGCGUUGCUCUUGGAUAACAUGUUGUACAUGGUGAUUGUGCCGAUCAUACCGAUGUACCUUGAGGAUGUCCUAGACUGGGGAAGUGAUGACGAAGCUGUGGUACAAGCUCCUUUCAAUGCAACAUGGAAUUCAACGUAUAACUUGACUGCACCACCCAAAUCUGAUUCCUCAUCAGAUACAGAUUAUGCCGAAGGAGGUGGUGCGGUCGGUAUUCUGUUUGCAUCAAAGGCAAUCGUUCAGCUGAUGGUAAAUCCAUUUACAGGUGCACUCAUAGACAGGAUAGGAUACGAUAUUCCACUGAUGAUAGGUCUUAUUAUCAUGUUCUUUUCUACAAUAAUAUUUGCAUUUGGCGAAACAUAUGCCGUUCUUUUCUUCGCAAGAAGUUUACAAGGACUCGGAUCUGCCUUUGCAGAUACAUCUGGCCUUGCUAUGAUUGCAGAUAGAUAUCGGGAAGAUGCAGAACGAACAAAGGCUUUAGGAAUAGCGCAAUCCUUUAUUUCGUUUGGAUGCUUAGUUGCCCCACCGUUCGGAGGUACUUUGUUUGAGUUUGCAGGAAAGGUUGUUCCGUUCAUUUUUCUCGCCACCAUGUGUUUAGUGGAUGGAAUACUCUUGCUCUUUGUUAUGAAGCCUGUCCGGUUAGAAAGAUCACUGAUACCAAAGGAAGAGCGUCCACAAGGCACUCCUAUCUAUAGACUACUCAUGGACCCAUACAUCUUAGUAGCGGCUGGUGCCCUAGCGAUGUCCAACAUAUCACUAGCAUUUCUUGAGCCCACUAUAGCUAUGUGGAUGAAAGGAACAAUGGAUGCGACUGAAUGGCAAAUAGGAUUUGUUUGGCUGCCACCAUUCUUGCCGUACAUAGGAGGUGUGGUCUUAACCGUGUAUCUUGCUAAGACAUAUCCUAAUUACCAAUGGCUUGUUGCGUUAGUGGGGCUUAUCAUUGAAGGAGUGUGUUGUUUUAUAAUUCCGUUUUCCAGUGCUUUCUUUGUGGUUUUGUUCCCAUUGAUGGGUCUCUGUCUGGGAGUUGCGUUUGUGGACACUGCUAUAUUACCAACAUUAGCUUACCUUGUUGAUGUUCGACACUCGUCCGUGUACGGUAGUGUCUACGCCAUUGCCGACAUAUCGUAUUCCUUAGCAUAUGCGUUAGGACCCAUUAUGGCUGGUCAAAUCGUACAGACCAUUGGAUUCAUGUGGCUCAAUGUUGCAAUAAUGCUCAGCAACCUCUUGUAUGCACCGGUGCUAUUCUUCUUGAGAAAGAUCUAUGAGUAUAAACCAUUCACGGACGAAUGUGAUAUUCUUGUUGCUGAUCCCCCUCCGAAAGACUACAGCACCUACAUGCAAAAUGGAGGACUACCUAACGGCAAAAUAAAGGAAGUACAAAAUCUUAACGGCGAAAAUCACUUAAGAGUUGGGAAAAACUCUGAAAACACCUAUAUCGGCAAUGCCGAAAUUGACUAUUUCGAGCCGAAGGAUCCUGAAACCUACUCAUUUUAUGGCCCAAGGUGA